UGAGCGACGGCAAAUUCGAAGUUAAAUGCGAUAAGUCUUGUCAGUCGCGAUCAAUAUUUCGUGUAGUAUGUAUCACGCCGCAAAGAUUAUACGAAUCAGUGAAAGAGUACCAAAAGUGUUACGCGUUUGCAUUUUCAAUUAAAAUAACAAGAAGAUUAAAAUAGCUCCGAUUAGUGAUCAUCUGUGAUUAUUAUUAAUAUAAAACAAAAAUAUGAGAAUUAAAGCAGUUCCAAGACACAGAACACUCGAAAGUAAUACUAAGGUUACAUCUGCAACAGAAAACCUUUUAGAUGAAGAAAGUACGGAUGCUGAAAAAGAUUAUGAUUCAUCGGAUGCGAUAGAAGAUUCAUAUAAGGCGUACGCACCAUCUUCAAAUAUUCUGAUUCCAAUUAUGGCGUUUACUAGUUUGAGCAAUGAAGUGACUUUGUCCUCAUCCACCACUAUAUCGCUCACUAACGACAACAAUAACGUGGAGGUCCUGGAUCUGUCAACAAAAGAUUCCUCCAAUCGCGCUGAUAUUACGUCGGAUACCUCCACCGAGCCAGAAGAUAAACUGAAAGAUUCUUUUCUCUACAAAAUUAUGACCGAUCCAGACUUUUUGAAAAAUAUACAGAAUAAAAACAGCAAGAAGUUUGUCUGUCUUUUCUGCAAAGAAGAGUUCGCGACGUGCGAGGAAUUGACAAAUCAUACGGAUGUAAAAAAGAACGAUAACAACCAGAUCACCUGCUGCGCCUGUAAAAAAACUUUCGCCGAGAAGAGAUACCUCAAGUAUCAUCAGAGAUGUCAUUCUGAGAGGACCAAGUUCACCUGUGACAUUUGUACUAAGAAGUAUACGAGGAUGGACAACUUGACGAGGCAUAACGUGCUGCACGUGAAUCCCAACAAGUUUGCCUGUACGAUGUGCAGCAAGACAUUCACGCGUAAGGAUCUGCUCAACAAGCAUCGGAAGAGUCACGAGAAGUAUAAUCUUUACUGCGUGAAAUGCGGCAAGUAUUUCAAAAGCAUUCUCACGCUGGCAAAUCACCAAUGGACGCAUCGCGAAAUAUCGAACGCUUUGGCAAGUACAGUUGUUUGUAAGACUGAGAGUUCAAUCCCCGCUGGGAAUAUAAUUUGCAAAAUUGAGAAUUCAGUUUCCGUUGAGGAGGAAGUUCAUAAAACUCAGGAUUUAACUUCGGGUGAAAGUUUAGUUUGCAAAACUAAUGAUGUAAUUCGUAAAACUUAGAGAAUUUACUUUUGAUAUUUGUUAGAUGAAACAUAUAUGCAUAGAUGUGUAUCUAUUAUCUAUUAACGCGCGUUACGAAUAUUAUUAAGUAAAAUACGAUGUAUUUUACAAAAAGACAUAGUCUUGUGUUAAAUUCUAAUUUAUAAUACAAAUUUUC